AUGUCUAGCCAUGGCGCACCGCCAACAGAUCCCGAAAAACUCGCCUUAGAAGCAUGGUCGCAGGGUUGCAUGAUUGGGGCUCUGAUAAUCAUGAUCGGCAUCACACUGGUCAACAUGCGCCGUGGAGUUUUGCUUCACAAACUUAUUCUGAUUGAGCUACUCCUGGCCAUGCCGAAUGGUUUCUUCAUCUUUUUCAGUCCACCUACCUGGGGAUGGUACUUAUCAUCAACGGUCAUCUUCUUGAUCAUCUCGUGGAAUUUGCAUAACGUCAUCGCCUGGAUAAAAAACAAACCCUUCCUUUCAAGACGAUACAACGCCAUCUACAUUGGCACAAUUAUCCUGGCUCAGCCGUAUUGGGUUCUUGAGAUAUACGCAAACUUUACAUAUUUUAACCCGCCUUACAAACGGUUAUUUAAGACAACUCGGCCCUUAGAGGCUCUUUUCCGGGAUCCAUGGUGGAUAUUCACAGCGCUCAACCUAUUCUGGAACAUCAAGUAUCGCUACGACUUCAAACCUUUGGAAAUCAUCCGAGUGUCUCCAAGAUUCGGCCUGCUCCUCUUGAGCAUGUUUCUGAGCAUCGUCUUCAUUAUCGUUGAUCUUUUCUCAGUCAUACCCGUCAUACAUAUUGGAUAUAUAAAUCCCUUCUGGAAAUUCGCUUUCAUCUUCAAAUGCUUCACUGAUACUAUUAUUCUCGACGACUUUAAGACCGCACUGGACAAAUUAAGUCGGUAUAAAAUGCAGCAAAACUACCCUCUACCGUUCAGCAGACCUCAUAGUCAAAUACAAGGCCAGCCGCCAGGGUCCAACAGUGUUGACUUUGAUCUCGUUUGCCCUGUUGAUAGUUCGAGGAUGGUUGUUGUGGAGCAUUUGGAAAGGAGAAACACUGCAGUUUCUUGUCCGCCAAAGGCAGUAAGAGCUUCAGAUGCAGGGCUCAUUGGCAGGUUAUAG